CAGAUCAUUCAAGAAGAUACACCAAUAAUCAAGGGUCCACCGGGUACACCAUGUGCUCAGAAAACAUACUUGGGAUGGAUCCUGUUUGGAGAUAAUGGAGAGACGGAUACAAGUAUACAAGAAAAAUGUUUCAUUACGAUGCAUCAUCAAGUCGAUGUUGAUGAUCUAUUGAAGACUAUAUGGGAGGUAGAACCAGAUACAAAGAGAACAUUAACUGAAGAAGAACAAACAUGUGAAAGAAUUUACGAAAGUACCUACAAAAGAAAUGAAGAAGGAAGAUACAUCGUCAAAUUACCUUUAAAAACAGAAGUACCAAGAGCAUGUGAAGGAAAUACAAGAGAAAUAGCACAGAACAGAUUAAUACAACUAGAGAGAAGAUUUCUAAAAAUGCCAAAGCUCAAAGAAGAAUAUGUAAAGGUGAUUGAUGAUUAUAUUGAACAGAAGCACAUGGAAAAGGUACCAACCGAAGAAAUACAUACAAAGAAGAGUGUAUACUUAGCCCACCAUGCAAUUAUUCGAGAAGAGAAGGAAACUACAAAGACGCGCGUCGUGUAUGACGCGUCGUGUAAGGGCACCAAUGGUUUCUCAUUAAACGACGACCUCCUGGUUGGGCCAGUUUUACAAGAAGAUUUGAGAAGUUUGAUAAUGAGAUGGCGAAUGCACGCUAUAUGUUUCGUCUCAGAUAUUCACAAGAUGUAUCGGAUGGUGCUGACAACUAAAGAAGAUUCCGACUAUCAAAGAAUUUUAUGGAGAAGUAGCAGUGACAAGCAAAUAGAGGAUUACCGUCUCCUGACAGUAACUUUUGGAACAGCUUCAGCUCCAUAUCUGGCAGUUAAGACGUUGCAACAGCUGGCUAUAGAUGAAGGAGACGAGUUUCCUGCUGCAUCAAAGAUGAUCAAAGAAGACUUCUACGUCGACGACCUGAUGUCGGGAUGUGACACCAUCGAACAAGCCAUAGAAGCCAACAAUCAAUUGCAAGAAGUUAUGCGAAAAGGUGGAUUUCAGCUUAAAAAAUGGUCAUCCAAUAGUGUUGAGUUCAUGCGCAGUUUGAAGCCCGAAGACAGAUCAGCUAAUGCGCAUCUUGAUUUAAACAUGGACGGCACGAUCAAGGCACUUGGUGUUCAGUGGAACAUGGGAACAGACCAGUUCGAGUACAACCUUAACCUCCCAGAGGUAAACAAUCACAUCAGUAAACGAACAAUUUUGUCUGAUAUCCAGAAACUGUUUGACCCUCUGGGCUGGAUCUCGCCGUGCGUCCUGAUGGCUAAAAUACUGAUACAGAAGUUGUGGCUGGCGAAGGUAAAUUGGGACGAGGAAGUGAGUCAACCCUUAAAAGAUGAAUGGCUUCAAUUAAGAGCAGACUUGAGACAUGUCAAUGAGAUCCGUGUUGAUAGAUGGCUGGACACUUUGAGCACUGAAGGAACAAAUAUUCAGAUACACGGAUUCAGUGACGCCUCUAUCUCUGCCUACGGUGCAGCCGUUUACAUUAGAGUCGAAAAGGCGGAUGGCACAGUCAAAACAAGGUUGAUUGCUUCGAGAACAAGAGUAUCUCCCGUGAAGACUGUUUCCUUACCCAGAUUGGAAUUGUGUGGAGCUGUUGUGUUGGCAAAAUUGUUAGGACAAGUCAGCCAUGCUAUGAGAAUACCGGCUUCACAAAUAUUUGCAUGGACAGACUCUUCCAUUGUCAUUUCAUGGAUUUUCGGCGAACCACAGAGAUGGAAAACGUUUGUGGCAAACAGAGUUGUUGAAAUAACAAACAAUGUUAGUCAAAACCAAUGGCAUCAUGUCACUUCAGAGGAUAACCCCGCCGACAUUGCUUCCAGAGGAAUGUACUUGUCAGAAUUGAAGGCUUCUAAGCUAUGGUGGGAAGGGCCAGAAUGGCUAACUAGAAAAGAAAUAGAAUACAGAAGACCAAAUGUCGUUUCCACCGACAUAGAAAGGAAGAAUGUGAUACAGACAAAUUUAAACGUGUAUGGAAGCGAGAUGGAAAGAAAUUUGACAGACCAAUUUAAAGAAUUUGAUAAUUUACAAGAAUUAAUAAAAACAAUCACAUAUUGCCGCAAAUUUCUGAACAUGAAGAAACUGAAAAUAGACAAUUUCAAUCUAACAACUCAUGACUUGGACCACACAUUGCAAAUAUGUGUACAACUUGUACAAAAAGAAGAAUUUGGCGAAGAAAUAGAUAGAUUAACGACAAACAAACAAGUACACAAACGAAGCAAUAUAAAAUCUUUAAAUCCCUAUUUGGAAGAAGGUCUACUAAGAGUAGGAGGAAGGCUCAGACUUGCAAACAUAAAUAAUGAAGAAAAGCAUCCCUUAAUAUUGGGCAACAGAAACAACUUAACUCCUCUUAUAAUAGCAGAUGCACACUUGAAGACCUUGCAUGGUGGAAUAACACUCACGAUGAGUUAUUUACGUUCCAGAUUUUGGAUUAUAAAGUCAAAAAAUUUAGUAAGGGCUCACGUCAAUAAAUGCCUUGUAUGCGUCAGACAAAACGCUGCUCCUAAACCACAGCUGAUGGGAGACCUGCCAAGAGAACGAGUCACACCUGCCAGGCCGUUUUUACAUAGUGGCGUCGACUUUGCAGGACCUUUCACUACCCUAAUGUCUAAGGGUAGAGGAGCAAAGACCACGAAGACGUAUGUGGCUAUAUUUAUAUGCCUAUCAGUUAAAUGCAUACAUCUAGAACUAGUCAGUGAUCUGACUUCUGAAGCCUUUAUAGCCGGCUUCAAGAGAUUUGUAGCCAGGAGAGGAAGAUGCAACCAUUUGUGGAGCGACCAAGGAAGAAACUUUGUUGGCGCCAAUAAGGAAUUAAUUAAUGCAUGGAAAGAGGCACAGCUAGAGUUUACUGGAGAAAUUUCCGAUUCCUUGGCUAAAGAUGGUACGCAGUGGCAUUUCAUCCCCGCCUAUAGUCCAAAUUUUGGUGGUUUAUGGGAGGCUGGUGUAAAAUCCCUGAAACAUCACUUAAAAAGAAUCAUCACCUCUCACCUUACCUUCGAGGAAUUUGACACGGUCCUUUGCGAAAUUGAGGCAUGCUUAAAUUCAAGGCCGUUAUGUCCAAUUGAUAACGACGAUACAGACAGCAUAGAACCUCUUACACCCGGGCACUUUCUGAUCGGCGAAGCACCCAUAAAUGUCCCAUCGCCUGACUUGAAGGAUGUUAGAAUGAGCUCACUGUCACGAUGGCAGCACACACAGAAAUUGGUCAGAGAUCUUUGGUGCAGAUGGCAGCAAGAGUACCUGUCACGUUUGCAACAGCGACCAAAGUGGUUGAAAAGAGUAGAAGAGUUCAAAGAAGGACAGAUUGUUCUCAUUAAAACCGACAAUCUUCCACCUGGAAAAUGGGCUCUCGGCCGAAUAGUCGCUAAACAUCCAGGUCCAGACCAUAUUACGCGAGUGUAUAGUGUUAAAAGUGGUGAUAGUGUGACGAAAAGACCAGUUACAAAACUAUGCUUGUUACCAAUAGAGAUUAAUGAUUAAUGUACUAAUUUAUUUUGCAUGCUUUCA